AUGGUGGAUUGGGCGUGGGGCUUAUGUCUGUGCCUGACGGCAAUCAUCACCGUCACUGCUCAGCAGACGGGCCAACAUUCAGACUGGCCGCGAUGGUGUGGGACUGUUUAUCAGCCGCGCUAUCCGCAUUUUGACCCCGGCGGCCAGACACUGCCUCCCACUCCGGCCCCCGGUGCACCGCUCCUCCACGUUCAGUCCCAGCCACGAUACAGCCUCUACCUCGACAGCGAGCAGUACGACGAGUUCAUCGUCAAUGCCGGGAUGUCCAAAACACCAUCCGUCAACACCACAGGCGGCCUCUUUCGCUUUCCACUAACCCUUCUCAAACCAGCUCUCUCCCCAAUCCGCGUCGUCAUCUACGGCGCCCCCAAGAAUGGCACGCCAACCUUCUUCACCGUGGCCACCACCCUCCUCUACCUCUUAUACAAGCCCACCGGCAGCGUGACCCGAAUUGACAACCUGCACGGCUGCCUCUACUUCAGCAGUUCCCUGAUCAACCCCACCUUCGCCCCGUUCUUCCCUUACGGCUUCUACGCCUCGCACGACAACUUUCUCCGCCUCAACGACACCUCCGUGAUCGACGCCUACUCCGCCCUCGGCUUCAAUGCCAUGACGCCCCUGACCACCUUCGACGACUCGUCUUACAUCGUCACCUACCUCUCCACCUCGGCCCAGCGCCGCCUCCUCCGCUUCAUGUACAGCCUGCGCGAGGGCUACAAGAACCUCUCCUACGUCCGAGCCAACAUCCUCGCCGCUCACGACGCGCCGGCAGGCCUCUUCGCCUACUGGAGCGCCGACGAGCCCGACGGGUGGCAGGAGGAACCCUUCCUCUCGCCACAGCAAGCCUACGGCACGAUCCGCGCUGUCGACCCGUACCGCCCCGUCUCGUGCAACGCCACCUACGGCGAGUGCGUGUGCGAUAACUGUGAGGGGACGGUUUGGGACGUGACGGUCGUGUUCAACCCGCAGAGUUUUCACGGCGAGGGUUACUGGCUGGGGGAUCCCAGCGUCGAGGAGAGCUUGAUCAUGGUGUCGUUGGCUGUGAACGAUGGCGCCAAGGGGGUCAUUUCGUGGGUGUGGCCUACUAGCGAGGUGCUGGCGGUGGCGCAUGGGAGGUCGGCUGGGAUGCUGGCGGGGAAUGAAGUGGUGGGGUUCGUUGUGGUAGAUGCUGCGGGCUGGGCCGUGGCUGGGAAGAUGCUGGUGAGCGUGGUGAAUGGGGGUUAUGUGGACAUUGAAGGGGGAGUGACAGUGCUGGUGCCAAACGCAACGAUUAUUGAGAGCACCCCAUGGGGCAGUGUGCGGUGGAAGCUAGAGGCCGGCAAAUUGUCGGUUCCGCUGCUGCCGGCACUGGCCACCAAUUUGGUGAUAAUGGACCUAGGGGGUUGA